CCUAAUCCUAGAAAAAUAGUGGUAGUACUGGUAACUAACUAAGUAGCAGGUGAGAAGUGGAAAGCAAACAAAAAAGAGAAAUGGCUGUGAAGCACAUAGUGAUCGCAAAGUUCAAGGAUGAAAUCUCUCAAGAGAAGAUUGAUGAACUCAUCAAGGGUUAUGCAAAUCUCGUCAAUCUCAUCCCACCCAUGAAGUCAUUCCACUGGGGGACAGAUGUAAGUGCUGAGAACCUGCAUCAAGGUUUUACUCAUGUAUUUGAAUCAAACUUUGAGAGUGUGGAAGCCAUUGCAGAGUAUGUAGCUCAUCCUGCACAUGUUGAGUAUGCAAAUUUGUUCCUUUCCAACUUGGAGAAAGUGAUUGCAAUUGAUUAUAAGCCCACCAUCGUUAAUCUUUGAUUUAUUUAGUUGACUUAUGGAAGUCGUUCACUGCUACUUUUUCUGUUAAAAAUAAGCCAUUGUUGAACUGAUUUCCUUUAUAAAUAAAUGGCUUUUGUUUGCACUACAAUGAUCCAUGUCACAUGUUUGAGUGUUUUUCUCUGUUUA